GCAUCUCUGGCGUUUAGCGCUUACUCGGAAAGAAUAGUUGAUUAGUUCAAUCCAAUGGUCUGUAGAUCGAAUACAGACUAUUUAUUUUCUCUCCGGGGUGAAAGUGGUGCUCUAUAAUUAGUCGUACGCGCGUAAGUGGUGGAAUUGAUUUAUCUUGUUGCAAAUUUUAUUGCCUCAAAUGCGGGGAAAAACGAGGAAAAAGAUUGCGAUUUCAAUGUCGACGGCAAAGAUGUCGCAGCACCGACGUCUCGGGCAGCUGCAUUUGACGUUGCUCGCGAUCGGAAUCGCGUCGACGCUCGUCGAAUCAUCGUUAGCGGAAAGCAGCGGCGCUCACGAUUCGAAUUCAAAUUCGUCGUUGCCCGUCGGUUGUUUCGCGGAUGGAUUAGAAUUUUCCUUGAACUUGACGGGCGUUGGACUGAAAAGUUUGCCGGAAGGAUUCGUGGAAAACGAGUAUCUCACACGCCUUACGUUGGACGACAACCAGAUCACGUCCGUCUCGACGAAGACCUUUUCGUCGGCGCCGAAUAUCUCCCACCUCAGUUUGGCGAACAACAAACUCGCGAGUCUGAACCUCCAGCCGUUCUCGGAACUCGAAAAUUUGAAAACCCUGAUUUUGAACGGAAAUUGCAAGUCUCGCAGCACCGCCGAUCACACCGGAUACACCAGAUACGUGUACAUCAAAACGAGACUUUACGACGCCGAGAAUUCCUGCAGCUUCCAGUUCGACGCAAAUCUCACGAGCCUCGAGCGCCUCAUCGCCGAAGAGAACAGUCUUCAAAGGCUUUCGUUCUCCUCCGGAAAACUUCCGUCGUUGAAAUAUCUGCAUCUGGCCAACAAUCAGCUCGUUAUGGACCCCGACACAACGAUCGGUUUGAGCAAAAGCGCGCCCAUAUUGUCCCACGUUUAUUUGAACCGUUCUGGAAUCAUCGACUUCGAGGCGUCCCACUUGCAGAACAUGACGGCCCUCUACCUCGACGACAACGAGAUACGUUCGAUCUGCAACGAGAACUGCGAGGCUUCGUCUUUGAAGUUGCGGCAAGCGCGCAAAUUGGAGACUCUUUCCGUGGCUCGUAAUCACAUAUCGAAGAUAGAAAUCAACGCUUUUAAUUACACCACCGAUUUAACGACGCUGGAUUUAUCGGGGAACAAGAUCUCCGACAUUCGUGAGGGGACUUUCGACAAACUCAACAAUCUACGGUCGCUUUCCUUGGAGCGCAACAACAUCGUGAAACUGGGCACGUUCCACAUAUUCAGAGGACUGUUGAAUUUGAAAACUCUUUCUCUGGGGCGGAACAACAUAUCGAGUCUCGGUGCGGGAGCGUUCGAAAAUCUCGUGGCUCUGGAAACGCUGACGCUGGACAACAACGGACUCUCCCGAAUAGAGUCGGGGACUUUUUCUAACCUGACAAACCUGAAGAGGAUCUCGCUGGCCGGAAAUCAGCUGUCCGCGAUCCCCGAGGGGUCCAUGCCAACGGGUGGAACGCUCGUAAUCCUGGACCUCGACGACAACAAGUUCACCUCGGUAGAACAUAUUUCCAUUACGAACGCCCCUCGCAUGCUCUCGCUAUCGCUCAAGGACAAUCCUCUCGCGAGGAUGAGCUCUAGUUGGUUUGCCACGGUACCACGUAACCUCGACAUUGUUCUGGGGAACUCAUGCUAUGCCGAACUUCAGAACAAAUCCGCCUCGCAUCAUUAAUCGAUGCGGAAGUCCGAAUUUUAUCGGUAAAAGGUGGAGGGAAGGCGGCACAGACAUGAUUUCUGGGGGAUAAGGUACGUCAUAUAUUUCUUCGACGUUGGUCAUCGUUCUACCGAGGGGCGAGUCAUCCCGUUAAUCCGCAGGGGCAUAAAAUUUAUCAACGGAGUUACGCCUCCCAACUCUAACGAAAAUCGGAGUAUCGCACCGGAUAUCCAAUAAAUUGCUACGGAACGAAAUUUUCCUCGAUGAAAAGCUCGCUCCGCAGCUACUUCGUAAUUUCUUACGGCGUAACGGUUUUCAUUAACCGGGAUAUCGGGGUAUGAUAAUCCCCUCCAUUAUUUAUCGCGAUCCCCUUAUAGCUGACGGAAUUUCAGAUUGGAGACACAGCCGCGAACUUUCAUCCGCGCCUUGCCACGAUAUUGCCACUCCGAUCGACGUCGAGUAACGAUAUUAUUCCAUUUUUCUUCAUCCUUUCUCCCGAAACAUCGCCGUGUCUACCAUCAAACGAUCGCAAUCAAUUCAACGAUAAAAGACAACGGCGAGAACCAAAAAAAAUAUAUACUCUUCAACAAUGUCGAAUUACAAUCGACAACAUUAGCUGUUUACCUUUCAAUUUUACAGUCUCUAAGAUUACGUGAAGUCAGCUACGGUGUCUUGCGUAAAGGUUACCGAGUCGAUUCGCCAGAGAGAAGAAAAGUCCGUUGACCGUAAUGAAAGUAUGCGAUAUUUAUUAUUAUAAUUACAUGGAUGAUCGAGGAUAUAAUUAUUACGUAAAAAUAAUUAACAAACAAUUAGACACGUGUAAGGAAUUUCAAAUCGAAUACGGAAUGGGUAUCGCACCAAUUAUUCCAAUGAUCGUACUCGGAAUCAAUUAUCUCAAAUAUUAAUUUAAUUGUAAGUAGUAAAUGAGCGUUAAAUCUGCCUUUAUGAAUGUGUACGCAAUAAAUUUUUU